GUCCCACACAGUUGCUACUGUUUCCAUAGGCGAAUAACAUUAACUAAAGGAUGUUGUGGGACAAAACAAUGAAUGAUUAAAGUGAUUAAAGAAUGUCUGAGGAGAAUCCAACCACAAGUUUAAGACAACUGCCACCAGGCCAGCUGGAGAACAUACGAAAGCGAUUUGAAUCAGUGGGAGAGAGCCCUCAAGCUUCAGAAAAUGGUGUAAAACUGAGACCAAAGCCUCAUGCACAAUCUAGUCCUGUUCAUCAAAGGCCCACAACUACAGUACUAGACUCUCCUGUUAGGACAAUUAUGAACAAAGAAAAACUACGCCCUAAAAGUACUGCAGUGUUACCCAGUUCUUCACCUAGAGUAGCCACAGUAUUAAACAAAUUUGAGUCGGUAGGGAAUGAAGAAAAUUUGAAUGUUACACCUAAGCCCAAGACAAGAGAUAUAAGCCCACAUAAAUUUACUGUGAAACCAACUAUAUCAAAGAAACCAAGUUUUACAAAAGCAGAUGAUCAAGAAAAACCUCCAAUUUUAAAGAAGCCUAGCUUUUCAGCAUCUGAUGAAAAGAAAAAACCUGUUGUUGUGAAUAGAUGUAGCACAGGAGAUGUGAGUGAGAAUGAUAAACAUAGUAAACCUGUCAGUGUUGUACAGAGAAGAACACAGAUGUUUGAAUCAGUGGACAAUACAGGGGAACCCAAUACUCUUUCAAAUGUGAAAAGUGUCCCACCUCCACGACCUGCUCCACCAGUCAAGCCAAGUUCCCGUCCCCCCAGUGUAAGCACUGAUGAUCAAGAAGUUCCCUUUUACGCUGAGGUUAUUAAAAAAAAGAAAAAUUCUGAUUCUAUGGAAGAGGAGGAUGGGAGAAGGCAGUAUUGUGAGGCUUGGGACACCAAGCCAGUGAGCAAAUUGAUAAGCUCCCCUGCUAAACAACCAGCUGUCCCACCCCCACCAAAGAAACCCCCAAGAACUGGGGCACAUGAUGAAUACAUGCAAAUGAAAAAACAAGGAGUUGCUUUUCAUCUUUAUGAUGAUGUGCCUGAUGAACAACUCUCACCAGUGUAUAGGAAAAUUGUGAAGUCUUCAGUUACAGAUUCUAAUAACAAACCUGACAUUAAAAUGCCCCGCCCCAGCAGACCCCCUCCUCCCAGGGCACGCCCAGUGACAGUUUCAGGACUAGAAAAGGAAUCGUCAGAGAUGAAAAGCGAGUUACCCCAUAAACCCCUGUCCUCACCUAGUCUUAAAGUGUAUGAAGAAGUGAAUGGGGGUGAUUUCAGUAUUAGUAACAUUAAACAUUGGGAUUUACCCCUACCAGUACCCCCCUCCGUUACAUCUAUCCCAAGUCAUGGUUCAACCAAUCUAAAGCGCAGUCUAAGUAUGGACAGUUUGAUGGGAAACCCAGUAUAUUGUGAUCCUGCUCUGACUGUGAAGUCUCGAGAUGACAGUGAGAUAUAUAUGGAUAGUGAAGGGUAUGCUAUGCCCACUGGAACCCCCACACAUCGAGGGCUUGGCAACUCUGCUUCUCUUGAUACUGACCCAUCAUCUGGAGGGAUUUGUCGUCCACUAAGCCAUGCAGUUAUGAAGCAGCUAAAGAAACUGAAACCAGCCAUAAAACCGAAGCGAGCAUCGGCGAGAGAAAACUGGAAAAAACUGCAAAAUGUGAAGAUGAAGAUCAACAUUGCGUUUGCUGUCGUGCGACAGAUGAAGGGAGAACAACACAGAACGGAAUCUACAAGUGAUAAUUCUGAUGUUGACAGCCUUGUUGAUGAAAGCGAAAUCAAGAAGAGAAUAUCUCAUUGUGGGACUGUUCGAAAAAAUACGAGUAAAAGUAUUCGUAAGGCAUGGCAGAUCCAGACUCAAACCUACAAUCAGAUGUUUGAUUUCUGUCUUAUUGUGGGACUAGAACCCAUCAAUGAUUCACAAACAAGUUACAAACCAAAGAUCAUCUACAAGUUCCCAGAUCUGGGGAAGUUACAGAUUGACAGAAAUGGCCGACUGUCAAUCUGUAAACCAAGGGUGGAGAGCAACGCUACUAUCCCAGAAUUCUGUUUCCCUGAUGCGGAGGAGUUUGAUGCCAAGUCUGCUUCUGCUGCUGCUCCAAGUGAGUCCUAUUCAUUUGUGUUGACAAAUGUAGAGGGAGAAAGAGUCUAUGGUUACUGCAGAAGAAUGGUGCCCUUCAGCAGUAAAAGCGGCCUACCAGAGGUUAUCUGUAUUGUCAGCCCAGUGGAUGCCUUCAGUAUGUAUAAUGAGUUGUUGGAUGCUGCUGAGAAUUGCCGACACAAGUCAUUAGAUCUGGCUCGGGAAUUACUGUCCGCAGCGUUUGGCAGACCUUUACCAGAGCCAGGGAAACUCGUACAAGUUAGAACACUGGAUGAGAAUUGGGAUACUGGGACUAUUCUGUUAUCCAGACCAGAGGACUUCAGAGUAGACAAUGUGAAUCGAGAAUACCUGUUAUCUAAGCUGGGAGUAGACAAGCUUCUGAAACUGUUCUCAUGUAUGCUGCUAGAGAGAAGUGUUCUGUUUUGUGCCAAAAAUCUCAGUAUCUUGUCUCAGACAAUCCAUGCUUUGGUGGCUUUGCUGUACCCCUUUCGGUGGCAGCACACAUACAUUCCAGUUCUACCAGAGUCCAUGUUAGAUGUCACGUGUUCACCUACCCCUUACAUUAUUGGCAUCUUGUCUUCCCACCUUCCAUAUGUACUUAAACUUCCUAUCAGUGAGAUUGUAAUAUUUGACCUCAACAAGAAACAAAUGUUAAAAUGUCAGGGAGACGAGGGGAUAAUCCUACCAAAAGAUAUCCACAAAGCUCUAAAAACAGCACUCAAUAUGUGUAAAGUAGAUGCAGAUGUAAAGAUGGCCUCCAAUCUCAUGAUGUCCGAGGCCUUUCUGCGCAUGUUUGUGGAGGCAGUGGGCCAUUACGCAGAGCACAUCAUCACACAACAAGAUGGCGAAAAAGUCUUCCAGAAGGAGCACUUUAUUCAGGAUUCCCCCACGGAGAGCAUGGCUCAGUUUCUACAGUGGUUCUGUGAAACACAGAUGUUUGAAGUCUUCAUCACAGAGCAAACAGAGAGAAAUAAAUCAGCCAAAAAGAAAUCUAAAACUAUAGAACUGUUUAACCAAAGAAUAGUGGAAGCAAGAACAGAAAAUGUAGAUAAAAAGGGCAAGAAAAAUAAAGGACUGCUGAAAAUGCUGAUGACAUGAGAUGUCUACAGGGCAUGUCAAAAUUUGUGAUAAAAAAUUACAGGGUUAGACAAAAGUUUACAGCUAAUAGAAAGGUGUUAGUAGUGUGAUAGUUUUUAAGUCUAUACAUUCCUAGAAUGUGAUAUAUACAUGUAUGUAGUAAUAUAAUUACAUAGUACUUGCAUCCUUAGCCAGUAUAUGAAGGAAAUCUUCCCUGACCAUGAUUAUUUGUUUUGACAUGCUUAAGUAACAAGAUUAUCCUUGUUGGGAUAAUGUAAGUUCAGAAAAGUCAGCUAAGUGUCUCCCUAUAGUGUCUUAUCUGUAUGUGGCCAAUGUUCAUUGUUUUAUAUCUUGACAGUUUUGUUUAUCUGUUAGUUAGGGUUGUGUUGUUGUAAAUUUUAUACCUUGUCAAACUUACAAAGUUCCAUUAUUAGAUCCAUAUUUUUAUUAUUUUAUCACGUUUUCUUCUGGUUAUCAUAUUUUACUUGUACAUGUAAUACAUGUAUACUGUAAUAGGUAAGUGCAAUUUGAAUGUUACAAGUACAUGUACAGUGUAUAUUCUGUAAUGUGUGUAAUUCAAAGAGAAAUACAUGCAAUUGUUGCAUCAAA